AUGAUGACCACACACAUCCAAACAGUCUCAGCGAAAGAAAGAGCUGUCAGAAAAUAGGCUUUGCAAGGCAUCAAAGGUAGCUACUGACUACCGAGCAAGUACGAUAAGGAGCGGCAAUCAACUGGGAUCAGGACGACCUCACACCCCGCCGAGGGGCAAUAAGCCAACGAGCCCAUUUCUCGAUGCUCGCUGCACUUUGCGGGAUGGUAUCUGAUCGUCCUUCCUCAGCGUCUCGGUAACCUUGACUCGAUCGCUGAGACAUCCAGAAAUUUGAUCCGUGACAAGUAACUUACUCAAACUCCGGCCCUGGCUACAAAAAUGCCGGCCCCGCUGAGCAAGACCGCUCGCGCCGUCGCACUCAAGCAUCUCGAUCUCUACAAGAAAUGGAAGCAGGCUAUAACACCUGCUGCCAACUCGGAUGGAUCAUUAGACGCCUGCAACAUCCCAUCCGAGCGCCCACCGGUGAAUGGUGCAGGUACGAUUGCGGAUGUCGAUGGACAAGCCGAACUCCCGACCGACGGGCACGAUGUUCUCGAGCGCCUCACGAAGGAUUUCACAGCUGAAGCCGAGGGAAAGGAGGUGGGCUCAUCUAAACACACUAUUGCAAGGUCUCCUACGGACCCAUCAAGAGGUGUUCGCCCGCCCUCAUCGACACAGUCAGCCACGGGGACGCCGCUCUCGCAAAUCGAAAAGUUGCACGCAGUCUGCAUGUCCACGCUGCUCCCCUCCCUUGCAUCCAGCUUAUCGCUUAAUGAGGAAGGUAUCGCUCGGGCGGAGCGAUUUCUCGAAGACCGCGCGACUCUUUUUCGCUUCUACCGUCGAGCUCGCUAUAACAUCGACAGCGCGCUGGAGCUACUACAUGCGACGCUGACAUGGCGCUUGUCCACCGAGCUAGACCUCAUGAGUCUCAGCACCUUACAUCCUCUCUACGUCCACGGGCGCGAAGGAAUGGGGACAAGCGGUGCUGCAAAUAUAGAAGACAGGAAAGAGGGAGAGGCGGGUUCAAGUGAAGGGACGCCCCUCUUCUGGUUGAGCGAUCGCCUUGUUGACCGCUUCGGGCGGCCAUGCGGGGUCAUCUCGCUGCGCUCGCUUGAACGCGUCUCUCCGGGAGAGGACUUAUAUCCCGACCAUGGAGAUGGCGAUAGUAAACAGCAGAACAGCGAAGGAGGCGGCGAAGGCAACGCGAAAGCUGGCAAGAGGACAGGCGGCCUAAAUGAAGUGAAAGAAUACAUCGUCGCUUGCAUGGAAAUUACUCGCAAGUACCUUGGUGACGCCUAUAGUCGACGCAUUAAGGAACACGGAGGCAUCGACGCUCUUCUCGCUUCAAUACCUACGAGCCUAUCCCCAACGGGGGACUUGGGCGAAGACGAGCAGUUGGAAGAAGCGCUGUCGCACUGUCCGCCUUUGCAAAUGACUAUCGCCUUCGAUCUCGCUUCGUCCGGCAUGGCCAACCUUGAACUCGAGCUCCUCCCCUUCUUGCUCGAUAUCCUCAAGAAUCACUUCCCAGGUAUGGUUGGUGUGGUCUACGUCCUUCAUUUCUCCUGGCUGCACAGCGGUAUGUGGGCCGUCGCCAAGCGCAUCUUGCCACAACAAGCGCUCGCCAGGAUCUUCUUCCCAAACGACAAGGAGUUGUGCGAGGAUCAUUUUGAACCUUCCUCUCUUCCGCUAUCGCUGGGUGGGCAGUGGCAGGUGAAGAUUGAUAGCAAAAACAACGAGACGAUGCGACGCUUCGGCAAGCGGAGAGCAUUCACCUCGCGUACCAGGAGCAGGACCCAAAGUGCCGCAACGACCCCCGCUGAAAGCCCUGCUGUGGGUGGACGCCUGCCGCUACCCAGUAUCAACGUCAAUGAUGCGGGCGCGGGAGAGCAUGCAAAGCCCACUCUGAGCAGAAAUUCUUCAUUCGAGAGCAUAUACGAUGUCUUCUACAGCGCCGACAUUACGCCAUGGGCAAGCCGUUAUGGCACACCACGUCAUAGCCAGCCUUCGACUCCCGGCUUGGAGAAUGGGCCGUAUUCCCUCGGUCUUGGGAGUGCCGGCUGGCGCAUGACGCCUAGUGCGGCGCGCAAGCUAAGAUCACUGCAAAUGUCACGUGGUGACAGCGGCAGUGUUUCAAAUACCAGGCGCGGCGGGCAUGUUUCGGCUGAAUUCGCUGGAGGGCGCCAGAGAGCAACGUCUGACCCACGCGCUCAAGAGAGGGAGAGGCUGCAAAAGCCGCCAGCUGCAUUCAAUGCGAGGCUCGGCGAUAAUUCAACUAGCAUGUCGCCCCAAGGAUCCCUCACUCAGUUACAACCUCAGGCGGGUCCGGCCGGCUACUUUGGUGAUGACGCCUACAUGCAGCCAUCAUCCAGAGGCCGCUCACGGGCGGACUCACUUGACAGCCUGCCAGACGAAGGCAUCGCUGCUCACAAGGCAGGCAGGAACCGCGCUCUGUCGCCUCAGCGCAGGCGGAUAGGUGGUCUCAGGCGUGAUUUUCAAUUGCGCGUACCUACAAAAGAGGAAGAUGCGGCGCAGCGCGAUCGGCUGCUGAGCAACGCGAACAGCGACGACGAAGCCGCUAGCGUGACGGAAAGCCAGGCUGGCGAGGGAUGUGGCAGCGACGCCACCAUCACCGGCGAUGAAGGCUUCUUUGCCCGAUGGCAGCGACGCUCAUCACUGCUGCUGGUUGCUCAGCGAGCCUCCAACGCUUCAGCGCAGGACGGUGCGGAUGCAAUCAAAUGGACAGGCCAGCAGGAGAAGGAGCGCCGAGAGCUCGAGCGAUACAGACGGAAUCUGCAGCUAGCGCAGCAGCAGCAACAUCAGUCACAGCACUUGAUCAGUUCCAGCGCAACACAGCAGCCGGAUGAGCGCGGGCAAUUUUCAGGCGCUCUGGGCAUGUCAAUGGACAUCAGUGUCGACGCCGAUGACCCCGACGCUGGUUCGCCCCAGCGGCAGACUCGAGAUAUCGAUGAGCCUCCGCUUGCCGGGGAGAGACCUUAUCAUCCGCCACGUUUCGUUUCGGUGAACCGAUCUCGCAAGUAUAACAAGCCAGGGCAAGUGUCACCGUACAACGCGGAGAACCCUUUCUUUGGCUACCCAGCGUAUAUUGCCCCGCUCGUGCCGGACGGCAGGCCAGCCCUUCAGUCGGACCUUGGCAAUCGAUUCAGCCUCAGUUCGCAGACACCACGUCACAUGCACGCGCGGCGCCGCAAGCGCGAUCUCGUCCGUACGCUCAGCUACCUUUUCUUCCUACGCAUCCUCGCCGCGCACCGCAGCGUCCGAUGGCGCUUCAAGCUUCUGUGGCGCCAGAUUGACUUGCUCUUGUACGGCGGCCACUCCCGGCAUGCUGGUCAGUAUGAGUACGAGUGUGACGUGCUGUGGAGUGCGGACGCGCGGCGCAGGAGCGCAGUUGCUCAGCAGCACCAGCUGCACCGCCAGCAGCGGCGACCACCUCGCCCCAUGCUGUUGCGCAAGCGCAUGCUAGUGAUUGUCGUGCUGCUCGCCUGCUUGCAUGCUGGCUGGCGCGCCAAGCUUUUAGAACUGUUGUUCAGACCAUUCUGGCAGAGCGCGCAAAAUCAAGCCAUCACACAACGUAGCGCUGGCCGUAACUCACAGCAGCACUUGGACCGUUCUCGUCGUCUCGAGACCACUUACACUGGAUUGCAUGUAAGGAAGAGGCUCGGAUUCACGAAUUAAUGAGGGUUAUGCCGGUUACCGC